GAAACCCAGAAUUCAACACACACAUACUGUGUCACUCUCACCACCCCUCUCAUGUGUUUUAUACUUUUAUCACCCCCAAAUGUCAUUAUCUUCUUCCAAAUGUCAUUAUCUUCUUCCCGUUACAUAAUAUUCAUAUUUUAACUUGUAAUGUACCAAACUUAUUAUGUCAAUAAUAAUAAUGGAGGUGGUACUGGUGGUGAUCAGGAAGAGUUGAGCGUACUGCCACGUCAUACUAAGGUUGUUGUCACCGGAAACAACCGUACCAAGUCUGUUCUUGUCGGCCUGCACGGUGUCGUCAAGAAGGCUGUUGGUCUUGGAGGCUGGCAUUGGCUGGUGCUUACGAAUGGUAUAGAGGUGAAGUUACAAAGGAACGCGCUUAGUGUGAUUGAAGCUCCUACUGGUAAUGAAGAUGAUGAUGAUGAUGAUGAUUUUGAGCUUGAAAAUGGUCAGUCGAAUGGCUCUGAUAUGGCAUCUGAUGAUACCCAAAAGUUGCAUCGAUCAAGGCACCACCUGUGUAAAUCAACAACAGGGUCACCACGUAACAAGACCGUUGGUCGGUCUCUAUUUCAUGACUCACAGUCUAGGGCCUCCUUUACUACUUCUCGUGCUGUGAUUGAUCUGAGAAAGCUAGAGAUGGCUGCCUUGCAGAGAUAUUGGUUACACUUUAAUCUUUCGGGCGUGAUGUCCAACCCGUCAAAGGAGCAGCUUGUGGACAUUGUCCAAAGGCAUUUUAUGUCACAGACGAUGGACGAGUUGCAAGUGAUCGUGGGGUUUGUACAGGCUGCAAAGAAGCUGAAGAUGCAUUUUUUGUAGAUAUAUCAUAUAUGCAGACCCAAUCUUAAGACCUGCAGCCAACAACAUUUUGCCAGUUUUCGGUUUUUAAAUGCAAGGUGUUCACAAGCGACUCGCAACAAAAUAUUAAGAUACUUGUUUGUCGUAUUC